UAGGCCGCUCACGAGGUUCAACCUUUCUCAGCCAGCACCGUUGCAGCGGGUGAGUGCGUGGCGUGGAUGGAGUGGUGAAAUUGAUCAAAAUUCACUCAAGUCAGCUAAUUUGAGUUUCACUAAAACGCCACCAACAUGCCGGCGUAUUUUCAAAGGCCAGAGAAUGCUCUGAAACGAGCAAACGAGUUUCUUGAGGUCGAUAAGAAGCAGCCAGCUUUGGAUGUUUUGUACGAUGUCAUCAAAAGCAAGAAACAUCGAACAUGGCAGAAGAUCCACGAGCCCAUCAUGCUCAAGUACCUGGAGCUGUGCGUGGAUCUCCGCAAGAGCCACCUGGCUAAGGAGGGUCUCUACCAGUACAAAAACAUCUGCCAGCAGGUGAAUAUCAAAUCCCUGGAGGAUGUGGUUAGGGCUUACCUGAAGCUGGCGGAGGAGAAGACUGAGACCGCCAAGGGGGAGUCCCAGCAGAUGGUCCUGGACAUCGAGGAUCUGGAUAACAUCCAGACUCCUGAAAGUGUUCUCCUGAGUGCUGUGAGUGGAGAGGACACUCAGGAUCGUACCGAUCGCCUGCUUCUCACUCCCUGGGUGAAGUUCCUGUGGGAGUCCUACCGCCAGUGCCUGGACCUGCUGAGGAACAACUCCAAGGUGGAGCGCCUGUACCAUGACAUUGCUCAGCAAGCCUUCAAGUUCUGCCUUCAGUACACCCGUAAAGCGGAAUUUCGCAAGCUGUGCGACAACCUGCGUAUGCAUCUGGGUCAGAUCCAGCGGCACCACAACCAGAGCACGGCCAUCAACCUGAACAACCCCGAAAGUCAGUCUAUGCACCUGGAGACGCGUCUGGUGCAGCUGGACAGCGCCAUCAGCAUGGAGCUCUGGCAGGAAGCAUUCAAGGCUGUUGAAGACAUCCAUGGCCUGUUUGCUCUUUCCAAGAAGCCUCCCAAACCCCAGUUGAUGGCCAACUACUACAACAAGGUGUCUACUGUGUUCUGGAAAUCUGGAAAUGCUCUCUUCCAUGCCUGCACGCUCCACCGGCUCUAUCACCUCUCAAGGGAGAUGCGUAAGAAUUUGACCCAGGAUGAGAUGCAGAGGAUGUCCACCAGAGUCCUGCUGGCCACACUGUCCAUUCCCAUCACCCCCGAGCGCACUGACAUUGCCCGGCUGCUGGACAUGGACGGCAUCAUUGUAGAGAAACACCGCAGGCUGGCCACCCUGCUGGGCCUGCAGUCUCCACCAACCCGGCAGAGUCUCAUCAAUGACAUGGUGAGGUUUAACUUGCUGCAGUAUGUUGUACCGGAUAUAAAAGAACUUUAUAACUGGCUUGAAGUCGAGUUUCAUCCUCUGAAGCUGAGCGGACGAGUGACCAAGGUGCUGAACUGGGUGAAAGACCAGGCAGAGAAGGAAUCUGAUCUGCAGCAUUACGUCCCUCACCUGCAGAGUAACACCAUCCUGAGGCUCCUGCAACAGGUGGCACAGAUCUAUCAAAGCAUCGAGUUCACCCGUCUGGCUUCCCUCGUUCCAUUUGUGGAUGCCUUCCAACUAGAGCGCUCCAUUGUGGAUGCGGCCCGCCACUGUGAUCUGCAGGUCCGUAUAGACCACACCUCUCGAACUCUGAGCUUUGGCUCCGACCUGAACUACUCGACCAAAGAGGACGCCCCCGUUGGUCCUUUCCUGCAGAACAUGCCCUCAGAGCAGAUCAGGAACCAGCUGACCGCCAUGUCGUCUUCUUUGGCCAAAGCCAUCCAGGUCAUCAAGCCUGCCUCCAUCCUGCAAGAGCGCGAGGAGCAGAAUCAGCUGGCCAUUGCUGCCUAUCUGAAAAAUGCCCGCAAGGAUCACCAGCGCAUCCUGGCCCGUAGACAGACCAUUGAAGAGCGCAAGGAGCGCCUGGAGAGCCUGAACAUCCAGCGUGAGAAGGAGGAGCUGGAGCAGCGGGAGGCCGAGAUGCAGAAGGUUCGCAAAGCCGAGGAGGAGCGUCUGCGCCAGGAGGCCAAAGAGAGGGAGAAGGAGCGCAUCAUGCAGGAGCACGAGCAGAUCAAGAAGAAAACUGUCCGUGAGCGGCUGGAGCAGAUCAAGAAGACCGAGCUUGGAGCCAAGGCCUUCAAGGAUAUUGAUAUUGAGGACCUUGAGGAGCUGGACCCUGACUUCAUCAUGGCCAAGCAGGUGGAGCAGCUGGAGAAGGAGAAGAGGGAACUCCAGGAGCGUCUGAAGAACCAGGAGAAGAAGAUUGACUACUUUGAGAGGGCGAAGCGCCUCGAGGAGAUUCCUCUCAUCAAACAGGCUUACGAAGAGCAGCGCAUCAAGGACAUGGAACUAUGGGAGCUCCAGGAGGAAGAAAGGAUCAGCAACAUGAAAGUUGAACGGGAGAAGGCUCUGGAGCACAAGCAGCGCAUGUCCAGGAUGAUGGAGGACAAAGAAAGCUUCUUGUCCAAAAUAACUGCUGCCCGUAGCUUCAUCUAUGAGGAAAAAUUGAAUACUUUCGAGGACCGCUUGGUGGAGGAGAGGAAGAAGCGCCUGGAAGAAAGGAAGAUCCAGCGCAAAGAGGACAGGCGUAACAACUUCUACUACCAGAAAGAGGAAGAUGCACAGCGUAUCCACGAGGAGCAACUCAAGAAAGAGCGCGAGGAUCGUGACCGCGUGGAACUGGAGCAGCGAGAGGAGGAGGACAGGGAGUACCAGGAGCGUCUGCGCAAACUGGAGGAGCAGGAAAAGAAGCAGCGUGCUCGUCAACAGGAGAUCGAGGAGCGAGAACACCGCCGUGAGGAGGAGAAAAGGGCCCCCACUGAGGAGAAAGCCAAGGAUUGGUCCGAGAAGGAGGACAAGGAGACUGAGAAGGAGGAAGGAGGAGGAGGAUGGAGGAAGCGCACGGAGGUGGAUUCAGAGCGGCGUCGUCUUGUGCCUGACAGGGAAUGGAGACAAGAGGGCCGUGAGGAGGAGAAGGAGGACAGAGAGGGGGGCUUCAGGCGAGAAGGUCUUCGCAGGGCCGGAGAUGACCGAGCACCCCGCAGAGGCUUCGGCGAUGAUGAUGACCGUGCUCCACGCAGAGGGAUGGACGAGGACCGUGCUCCACGCAGAGGUUUUGAUGAUGACCGUGCCCCAAGGCGUGCCUUCGAUGAUGACCGCGGCAGUUUCAGGCGCGGCUUUGAUGAUGACAGAGGUCCCCGUAGGGCCAUGGAUGACUCCCGGGGUUCCCGGCGUGGGGCUGAUGAUGACUGGGGUCCCAGAAGAGGAGGAGAUGACGAGAGAGGUGGAAGGAGAGGCGUGGACGAUGGGCCACGUCGUGGUGCUGAUGUCGACGAAGAGAAACCCUGGAAGCCCCUGAGCCGACCCGCUACAGCUACAGGUGGUUGGCGUGAGCGGGAGAAGGCCCGAGAGGACAGCUGGGGCCCUCCCCGUAAUGAUGCCAGUGAGGGCAGAGAGGAUGACAAAGCAGAGGAAAAAAAAAAAAACAGCGACAAAUUGAGAGACCGCCCAGUCAAAGAGGAGAGUACUUGGAGGAGGGCAGGUGCAGACUCUCGCAAAGAGGACACUGACCACAAGGAGCCUCGUCGUGAGGAGCCUCGUCGUGAGGAGUCUCGUCGUGAGGAGUCUCGUCGUGAGGAGUCUCGUCGUGAGGAGCCUCGUCGUGAGGAGCCUCGCCGUGAGGAGCCUCGCCGUGAGGAGCCUCGCCGUGAGGAGCCUCGCCGUGAUGUCGAGCGCCGUGAGGAGCCUCGCCGUGAUGUCGAGCGCCGUGAGGAGCCUCGCCGUGAUGUCGAGCGCCGUGAAGUCAGAGGCCCACCCAAAGAGCCAGAGGAGGGAGGAGGUUCUUGGCGUCGUGGCGGCGAGGAGAAGCGCGAGGAGCGGCCCAGAGAAGUGGAGCGUGAGGCUGAAGGAGAUAAGGCUUGGCGUGCUGAGAAAGAAGCUCGUCGCAUCAAGAACGAGACGGAUGAUGACGGCUGGACCACUGUACGCCGCUGAGUAACGGCCAGUUAGCCACAGUGGAGAAGAAAUGGCCACACGCUUCUGAUACGCAUGUGGAUUAUUCCUUUGUAUGACAUCUUUGUAGACAGUAGUUUUCCUGGGAAUUAUUUUCCAUUAGUCUUUAAUUUGACUUUCAGCUGUUUUGUACCAGAGGCUUCUCACCACCCAAAACACAUCAACCAAUAAACUCAUGCAAACUACCAAUGUACACAUGACUGCGCCCAGUGGUCAGGAGUGUUAUUACCUUACAAUAAAAAAGUGAAAUUAACUAAACUGAAAACCAAUGUACCUGCUCAAACUUCCACUGCAAACUCAGUGCUUCACCUACGGCCUCUUUUAAAUACAUGAACUCUACAUCGAUGAUGUUAUCUUCUGCCACAGAUCCACCACUCUUGUAAUAGCAAUGACUAGGAAUCUGUCAUGUGCUUCAUUCAGUGAUCUCUGCUCUUCAUCCAAUGUUUCAGACGCUUCUCAACCUGAACCAGUGGAAGUAACAUUUUGAUGUGCAUGCUUAGAGUAUUCAAUUGGUCUUGCCUGAUCUCCAGUGUGUGGUUCUAUCUUGCUGCAAUUACGGGUAUCAAACUGGGUUGCAUGUGUACAGAUAAAGCCUUUAUUAAUAAAGAUGUUUGUUCACCACC